AUGAAGACUUCGAACUCCCACAACGCCCAGGCCGUCCUUGUGUUGUCAAAGUGGCUGCAGCGUGAGACAAGUAAGCUUGAAGUGAUCACUCGCAUUGUAAUAAGUGUGGACAAGCUCGUUUGGGGACUCAAUACUACUAAUAUCAAUGUUCCAAAGUAUCACCUGACUGAGCCACCAUUGCGGCCGGCCAUGUUGUGUGACCACGAUGAUCUUGUGGUGGUGAUGAACCUUGUCGCCAAUGACGAGCAUAUUGGAUUGAUUGGUCCAGCAGGCAUGGGAAAUAAUUCUCUUAUGAAUGCCAUCCUCAAUGAGCUGAGCUGGUCUCCAGCCGUGCUGCUCAAGAAAUGGGACAAUCAGUAUACCAAGGUGCUCGACCAAUAUUAUGGUUCAGCAUGUAUCGAGCUCAUGGCAUACAACACGUGGUCUAGAGGAGAUUGCAUUUGUGUGUAG